AGUCCGGCCGUCGCCUGGAGCCGCCGCGUCGCUUGGUCCCCGUUAGGCUGCAGCUCAGCCCCGGCCAUGGACGAAACCAGCCCUCUCCGCUCGCCGCUCCAGCCGCCUCCCGACACCUACUUCUCCACAGCCGCCGUGCUGCCUCCGUCCCCGGCCACCGCCUCAGGCUCCGGCUUUGGGGCUCGUUGCCCGCCGGGCCCGGCUCCGGGAGCCGGGGUGAGGGUGCUGGGCCCGGCCUCCGCCUCGGCCUCUCCCCCCGGCUCCCCCGGCUCCGGCCGCGAGCGGCAGCCCCUCCUGGGCCCGCGGUCCCUCAAUGACUUCCCGGAGGAGCCCGAGUUCGCCGAGGUGAUGCGGCGGGCCGAGCAGGCUCAGGAGCAGGGCAUCCAACCGCAGAGAAUCAGCCAGGGCUCGAGUGGCAGCUACUUCAUCCCGGACCCGGCAGGGAAAUUUAUAGGUGUUUUUAAACCUAAAAAUGAGGAACCUUAUGGUCACCUGAACCCGAAAUGGACUAAGUGGCUGCAGAAGUUAUGUUGUCCGUGCUGCUUUGGCAGAGACUGUCUCGUCCUCAAUCAGGGCUAUCUCUCGGAGGCUGGGGCCAGCCUAGUGGACCAGAAAUUGGGGCUUAACAUAGUACCGAGGACUAAGGUAGUGCAUUUAGCAAGUGAGACUUUUAACUACAGUGCAAUCGAUCGAGUGAAAUCACGGGGGAAGAAACUGGCUCUUGAGAAAGUGCCAAAAGUUGGACAGCGGUUUCACCGGAUUGGUCUACCUCCCAAGGUUGGUUCCUUCCAGUUGUUUGUAGAAGGUUAUAAAGAUGCAGAUUAUUGGUUGCGGAGGUUUGAAGCAGAGCCUUUACCUGACAAGACCAAAUUGCAGCUGCAAUUGCAGUUCGAGCGGCUUGUGGUUCUGGAUUACAUCAUCAGGAACACAGAUCGAGGUAAUGAUAAUUGGUUGAUCAAAUACGACUGUCCUAUGGAUAGUGCUGGUUCAAAGGAUGCUGACUGGGUUGUAGUGAAAGAGCCUGUAAUAAAGAUUGCAGCGAUAGACAAUGGUUUGGCGUUCCCUCUGAAACACCCAGACUCAUGGCGGGCAUAUCCUUUUUACUGGGCAUGGCUGCCUCAAGCGAAGAUACCAUUUUCCCAGGAAAUUAAGGAUCUAGUUCUUCCCAAGAUUUCUGACCCAAACUUUGUAAAAGAUUUAGAAGAGGACCUUUAUGAGCUCUUCAGGAAAGACCCAGGAUUUGAUCGGGGGCAGUUCUCCAAACAGAUUUCCGUCAUGAGAGGGCAGAUCCUAAAUCUCACACAGGCCUUGAAGGAUGGGAAGUCACCUCUGAUGCUCAUUCAGAUCACACCCGUCAUCGUGGAGACGACUCGCAGCCAGCAUCGCAGCAGUGACUUGUCCACACAGAGCUUCCAGAGCAGAAAACCAUUUUUUACAUGGUGGUAGUGUAACUGGACGGAGAGAGAGAGAAUGCCACCCCCAUGAACAGCUUGCUGGCUGACUAGUCUGGUGAUCCUGGGCCGCCUCUACUUCUCAGUGAUGAGAACACAGUGGACUGUCCUAGCUGGAGAGAGAAGCCUGCUUCAUGUUUUAUCCCACGUGUAUAAUUAUUGCACAAGACUUCCACUACAUCAUUAAGAAACAGUGUGCGAGGGGGAUUCUACUGGAUGAUUUGCACUUAAUUCCUGCACACCCCCAACAUUUAUUUUUCUUUCCUCAGAUUCUCCAACAGUUGUCUCCACGCACUAGCUCUGUCAGAUGCUUGGCUGCCCUCCUGUCACUGGACUGUAAUGGCUGCUGUGGCGGAGCUGACAUGUGGUACAAGCUGGCUUCAUCUGUAUUAACCCUUUCCUAACCACCUCGUCCCCUGAAACUGAUAUUUGAUUUAUUUUUUUUGCACUAAAAAUGGUUUUGGUUCAAAUUGCAACCAGGUGCACUUCAGUGAACCAUGGUUAUGGUGGUCCUGAAAUAAUCCAAACCCGAUCAUGUUUCUUUCAAGUACGCUUUGCAGUCUGUGUUUUUAAGAGGAGAAAAUAUAGAUAUGGAGGACUGCGACUGCAAACAUGGUUAUACUGUAUUCGAGGAGAAAAUCUCUGGAAAAAUGUAUCACUAGCCUCGAGUUUCAGCUGUGGAAGGGGGGAAUGGAAAAGAGGAAAAGAUCAUAUAACCGUCCCUCUCCCAUCCCCCCCACACACACUCAGCACCGCCAGUGUUAGUGUGAACGCUAGCUGGACCAAAAUAUUUCUCAAAUCACUGACUUGGAGCCUUUUGCCUUGAAUCUGCGGCAUGAAUUUAGAGUAUAUAUAAAACGCAGUUGUGGCUGGUACUGAAACACUUCUCUUUUCCCCCUUCCCCAGCCUUCCAUACUUUUUACAUGGCCCAUGUUUUUGAGAGGGCAGGGGAAAGGGUAUGCAUGUGAAAUGACUGUAAAGCUACAUAGCCCUGCUAAUUGUGAAAUAAUCUGUAACUGUGAUCAGAAGCCAAUACAGCAUGUUUAUAUAAAAAAACCAAAAUAAUGAUUACGUAAAAACUUUGCACAAGGGUCUCAGUAGCUGCCCUCUGUACUCAGUAUACCAUUCACCUGGCAUUAACCAUGGCACCUUGCUAAGACCCCUGGGUCUGCUGAGUAGAUUCAGAUUCGGCCUGCUCCUGCAUUCCUCUUCCCCGCUCUUCAGGCUAACUGGGUUUCUUUUCACUUUCUCAAUCCCACCCAGUUGUAAAUCUGUUGGAGAAGCACGACAAGUGGAUUUUAACGGGGGAAGAGCCAGCCGUUUCUACUUUAGCCGUCUGCUUUCUGCGUUCCCAAUCGUCAGACUGAACUGACCAAUAACUUUGCUGCAGUUUCCCUGCCCUUGCUGCUUUCAGACAGGCCCCUGUGGGGAAAGCCUGACAUCUGGGAGGGAAACUGGGCAUGUUGGGAGAAGGGGAAAAGAGCAGCUCAUGUCCCACUAUACCGUGUAUUCAAAACCCACCAUACCCCUCCAAGCCCUGCGUCUCUGGAACAACUGCCUGACUGUUAAUGCCUAUUCCACACUGCGAGGUUUAAUUUAGUUUAAAGCUGUUGUGUAAAACUGCAUUGCUCAUAGUAGUUGACCAGGAAUUAUAGUCCUUUCAGUGACCCAUGAGCUAUGAGGGGGGAUAAAAACUUGUAAGUUUUUUUUAAACCUAUGGUUAAUGUAAGAGCUAACCUGUCUUAGCGUGUGUCAACAAAACUAAACUUUUGACUAGUUUCGUUCCUGGCUAGAUUGAACAGUUGUGACUAAACUUCAUUUGAGAGAACAAGAUAUCAAUGGUGGUCACCUUUUAUGGUGCCUAUUCUCUAUUCCUUCCCUCCUUACCAUAAUCAUGGCACUUUGUGAAUCCGAAGACCCAGGUGGGCCUACCCUUUCUGCAAAGUACCUGUGGGCCUCGGCCUCACUCAGUUCUUGGCUGAAAUUGCGGUUUUGCAAAUGGUAGAGGGGGAGGAUUAAAGACGCUGCUUGACAGGUGCCCUUGCUAGUCGUCGUUCAAGAUUGAGGCUCUUGAGUAUUGAAAUGAUCUUUGCACUAAACUCGGUUGUUUCAGUAGAUGCAUCGUACCCCAAACUGAUUUGCAAUCCCUCCCUUACAACAUGGCGGUCCCUGCAUCACUGCACACUUCCAAUUAUCCUGAAACUCUAUGGAACCUUCCUAAUUAUCUUGAGUGGGUUGUGGGGGUUGGGGCUGUGUGUGGGGAUGGUCCUGUAAACAUGCUCUGGGGGAAUCUGCUUUAGGGGCUGACUUGGGUUGCUGACAGAGGGCAGGCUAUCAAUGCUGAGAAAUUGGGACACAGUCUCUUCAUUUUUAAGUGGCAAUUGAGCCAUUGUUAACAGCAUAUUCUAUUGUAUUGUGUUGUAGGAGAUAUGGGCAGUUACUGGCUUCUGUCACUGAUUCUUUAAAGUGUAAAGCACAGUGAGACUGCAAUGAUCUACAGUACUGUAGGGUAGCAGCGGAGUAUGUUCAAGUCCCUGCUCAGCCCCGAGUCACAGAUGCAAGGACCAGAGUGUUGCGUAGUCACAGCCACAUGGUGUAGGGUUAUUGCUCAGUCACUGGGCAGUGGGCAGGGUUAUUGCCCAGUCACUGGGCAGUGGGCAGGGUUAUUGCCCUUUGUUCAGCUAAAGCUCAUUAACUGGGAGCACUUUUAACAUACAGCCUGUGAGGAAAAAGCAAAAUGAUUCACUUGCAGGUGUAUGGAUGGAAAGUGAGCAGUUGGAACCAGAGCUGGUCAGCCUCCAUUUUGAGCACCUAUGGUCACUUUAAGAACAUAAAUUACAGCAUUGACAAAUGUAACUUUUCCUGGGUUUGGUUUUUGUUGUGGACAAUAUUAAUUAACCCUUUCCAAAGAGGGAGACUUUAGUGAGAGUAUAGUGGGUGGAGAAGUGUGUCUGAGCUGAUGGCUCCAAGGGAAAUAUUGUUAGUGGCAGUGGCCAAUUCUACCUGCUCCUCUUUCACAACUGAAUGCAUUUGAGUGGAGCAGUAGGACACUGACCACUCUGGGGAGGCAAUUCAGCUCUGUAAGCUGGGCAGCAGCUUUCCCUUGAAUGUCGAGGUCCAUUCUCUGUCUAUUUUUAAAUAUAAUUUAAAAGGCAGAGAAUGUUUUGCACCUGGAUCAGUUGUGCUUGGCUUAGGUUCCCUCACCAGUUUACUUGUGUGCUGACCUUUGCAUUGCUUGUUCACUUGUUUAGCUCUUUGUUGAGUUAUCAACGCUAGAUCAUAAGCCUCUAAUGUCUUCCCCCUGCAUUCAACUUGAUGUGUGCAGUGUCCCCAGUGGUACUAUUAUAGAUUUCAUCUACCCAAAUUCUGGGUCAGGUCUGGGGAGAGUGUUUUUGAGCUCUGUACCAAUAGCAGAGAGUUGUGGAUGUGGGAUACAAGGCCUGUUGCUGGUGAUAGAGAUGAUGUACUGAUGUAUACUAACCAAAGUUCAAGUGUCAGCCAUUUGCUGACAUUGUUUUCAGUUCUGUUCAGUGUAAGCUGGAGCUAGUUAGCCAAUGCAAAAAGAAAACUCAAGUCCUCUUCUCUCCCCCCACCACCCUACAUAAAAUAUUUGUCAUCUAGGACGAGUUGGGUGACAAUUAUGAAAGGAAAGGUGGAAUGCAAAGUCCUACGUUUGUUCCUGGUGUUGGAAGUUUGACAUUUGCAUAAACCAAACCCCCAUGCAAACAAGUGCCCCAUUUUUAAUGCUAUUUUGAAUUUGUAGUCACAGCUGCAGUAAUUAGCUGAAGGUUUGAAUGGAGCACCAUUGCUGGUUGUUUGAACUUAAAAGUUACUCAGCACUUUUUUGUGAAUUGUACUGCAGCUGAUUUUUUCCCUAGAAAACAGAAUAUACAGAAUUUUUUUUUAAAUCCAAUGCCCUCUGCUCUCUGGUGUGCAUGCAGUGGAAGGCUAGGUGCUCUGAAUUAUAUGUUGCACUGGACGACCAAGAUUGGCACGUGCAACCAUCCUGUUGUGAACAUGACAGGAAAUCGAUCCCCUUUCCCACCCACCCCUAAGUAGCUGCUACUUGUGUAUGAAAGGGGUUCUGGCAUCAGGCAGGCUUCCCAGAGGCUGCAUCUGCUCUGCUGGGCUUGACUGCAUUCAGUGAAAUACUUGAACUAUUCUGCAUUCUGGUCCAUUUGGGACCGAUUUUUAAAAUGAUUACCCCAUGGGUUUUUUUCUUGCAAUAGCUGAAG